UUCAUUUCAAUUUUAAAUAAACUUUUUUUUUGAAACACAAAUUUUGAAGUGAAAUAUAAAAUCAAUGGGAAAAUCAAAACAUUCCCCUAUUAGUGAUAAUAAAGAACCUUCUACAAAGAUUUUAAGACUAGAAACAAAGCCCUCACCAGCCAAAAGACAGCCAAGUUUAAGAAAAUGUAAAACAGUUGUGAAAAAACCUCCCUUAAAUAUCUGUGAUUUACCCACCGAGAUAUUAGAGAAAAUUAUGGGUAAUAUAAAUAUAUGGCAUCAUAAUCGUAUACGAGGCACUUCGAAACGUAUGAAAGAUGUUAAUGAUAUAUUCGUAAUGCAUGAAUUUCAAAAGGCCCUUAAGAAAUAUACCAUUCAAGAUCCAAAAAGUGAAGCAAGUGCUGGUCUAAGAAUUAUUAAACAAGCUACCGAAGUUUAUUUACGAUCGGGUUUUGAAUCGACAUUUUGUGGUUGUAUUCUACCCAUGUUACGUAGUUCUUAUAAGGAUCCAUUUUGUCCCCAUAUUUCUCAGAUUAAAAAGUUUUUAGUACAUUUCUAUGCUAGAGUUUCGGAACUAAUCGGUGAUACUUGGUCACAACGUUGGAGAUUAUUGUAUAUGAUUACUUUAAUGAAAUUAGUGAAGGCCUUUGAUAAAUCCAUAAUAUCUUCCACUGGCAUGCCGUUACACUGGAGAAUUGUGGUUGAGUUAAAGGGUCCUUGGUUGGGUACUCUGUGGACUUCGAAAGGUCAGCCGCGAAAUCACUUUAGAAAUCGUUGCAAUCUAUUGGUUAUUCUCGCUGAAAUGCUAAUGGCCAAUAUUUCGGGAAGAGGAUUUAAACAUGUUUGGGAGUGUCCCAAUGAAAUGUAUGUGUUUGGCAAUGAUACCAGCAAUACUAAUCAUGUACCUAUAACAUUAUUUACUUUUACCGUUUAUGGUUCGAAAAAGAUAUGCAAUCUAUUUCGUUCAUGUUUAGAAGAUGAGCCCGAAAAUUUUCAGUGGCCCGCCAAAUGGCCAAAUGAUCAAUUUACUGUCAAUUUAGACAUUAUUUGUAAAGCGGCCAUGAAAUGGGGUUGUUCAAAGUCACAACAUAUGGAAUUUGGUCCAUUUGCUGAAACAUACUACAGUGAGGGAGAGGAAUAGAAUGAUUUCGACAAAUUGUAUUUGGUUUUUUUGUAAAAUGUGUACAAUGUUUUUAAUAUUUUAUGUUUGUUAUUGGAUUUUGUUGAAUAAACGACGUUUAUAUGAAGAAGGUAAAGGAACGCAUGUAUUAAAAGAGUCUUCUUCAGAGGAGG